AUGACGUACGUCAAAGGGACGUUCUACGCGUUCAUCACCGCGAUAUUAUACGCCUUGGUUUCCAUUUUCAGUAAAGUGUUGGACGAGAGGCACAGAUCGAUAUAUUUCGCGCUUCUGUCCGCGUACGUCAUGCUUUGGAUCGUGUUUGCGCCUUUGCAGGUGAUAGAGCGACAUCAAGAAGGAGGAGAGGAAGUCGGAGGAGAGGAAAAAGUAAACAAAAUCGGAAAAAUGACGAGCGAUAAAGUUAUUCGUUACGACCAGUCCGAAGGCGUGGAGAAGAAGCUUCGCAGGCAUAAGAUGUACGACAGUUAUGCGUUUCUUCCCGGCUUGGUCGGAGGAAACCGAGAACACAUGGAAAGUAUUACUACUACUACUACUACUACUUCUCCUCCUUCUUCUUCUUCUUUCGCCGUCGUCGGCGUCGUCGCUGACGUUGAAAAAGGCGAAAAAGAUCCAAAAAAGUUCAGCAGACUCUGUUGCCGGCCAAACGAGAAAACGCUCGCUCUCAUCAUGAUGGUGGUUUUUGAUUUUAUAGGGAAUUAUUCGGCGAUUCUUUGCUUCAAAUUUACUUCAGUAACGUCGGGAACGAUUAUUCAAACAGCCACGGUGCCCAUCUCGUGUACUCUCGGGUUUCUCUUCAUGAAUCGGAGGUAUUCUAGGCGGCACGUAGUGGGCGCUUUCGUGUCCAUGGCGGCUCUCCUCUUCCUCAUCGUCUGCGACAGUUUAGAGGUAAAUGAAGAGGGUAACAACGUACCGCAUCCGGACAAAAAUCCGAGACUUGGAGAUGCGCUCGCGUUUUUCGCCGCCAUCUGCUUUUCGGCGACGAAUAUUUUGCAGGAAUAUUCAAUCGAUAGCGGAGUGUACCAAAACGAAAUUUUGGCCGCGUUUGGAUUUUACGGCACUCUUUUCGCGAUAGUAGCGAUUUUCGCGGAGCACAAGUGGAACUUCGAACUUUUGAUGAACUUCUUCGCUAGAAUAGAGCACCACGACGUUAUGAUAUACAUAUUGACUUCGGUGACGUUGUUCGCUUCCUUUGCGAGUGCAUACAGAGCUUUAAAAUACGUCGACGCUGGCACGUUCAACGUUGUUUUAUUACAACAGAGUCUAUUAGUCGGCAUGGUGCGCUUCUUCGGCUUCGAGGGUGGAUUCAGUUCUACCACGCAGGCUGUGGUUUUUGUUGGCACGUUCACGGUACAAGCGAUUGGUAUACUCGUCUACGCAACUGCCGGGGACGUCAAGCACCGCGAGGAAACCUCGGGAAGCGAGAGCGAGAAACGAUCGAUUUUAUUAGCGCCGGCGAAACAAUAG